UGCGCCAUGGAGCUCUGGCGGCCGCCGCCCCCUGCGCCGCCGGGCUAGGGCAAUGCGGGCGGCCCUGGCGCGCAGUCCCCGCAGGCACCAUGAACCCCCUGCUCCGCCGCCUGCUGCUCGCUGCGCUCCUGCAGCUGGCCCCCGCCCAGGCCCCGGUUCCCCAGCCUGAUGCCCCUGGGCACCCGAAGAAAGUGGUGUCCUGGAUGGACGUGUAUGCCCGUGCCACCUGCCAGCCGCGGGAAGUGGUGGUGCCCUUGACUGUGGAGGUCAUGGGCACCGUGGCCAAACAGCUGGUGCCCAGCUGUGUGACCGUGCAGCGCUGCGGCGGCUGCUGCCCCGACGACGGUCUGGAGUGUGUGCCCACUGGGCAGCACCAAGUCCGAAUGGAGAUCCUCAUGAGCCGCUACCUAAGCAGUCAGCUCGGCGAGAUGUCCUUGGAGGAACAUAGCCAGUGUGAAUGCAGACCAAAAAAGAGGGAGAGUGCCGUGAAGCCAGACAGGGCUGCCACGCCCCACCACCAGCCCAAGCCCCGCUCCAUUCCGGGCUGGGACUCUGCCCCCGGAGCGCCCUCCCCAGCUGACACCACUCAUCCCACUUCAGCCCCAGGCCUGUCUGCCCACGCUGCCCACAGCGCCGCCAGCGCCCUGACCCCCGGACCUGCAGCUGCCGCUGCCGACACCGCAGCUACCUCCGUUGCCAAGGGCGGGGCUUAGAGCUCAACCCAGACACCUGCAGGUGCCGGAAGCUGCGAAGGUGACAUACUGCGCUCCAGACUGAGUGGGGCUGCUGUCUCACAGGCCACUGGCAGUGGGGAAGAGGGAAGGCUGGGGCGAACACUCCUAGCCCAGCUGCCACUUGUCCUGGGUACAUGCUGCUCCUCGAGGCCCCCUCUGGCCAGCCUCAUCGCCCUGCAGCUGCCAUCUAAUGGGGCACACUGAGUAGGGUCAGGAGACCUGGAGGCAGCCAAGAGGGGUCACCACCAGUUUAGGGGAGCAUGGGGUGCCGGGCAAACAUCUCCUGCAUCUCUUUAUCUGCCAACCGUGGCAUUUGGGCUUUGCUAUGAAAACUGUGACCUCCCCCCACAUCCCCUGCCCCUGAUAAAAGAUGAGAGA